AUGACCGCGCGAUUACCCGUCGUCGUUCGCGUGAAGCGCAAGCGCGAGCUCGAGCCCGCGGACACGCUCGUGAUCGAAGCCGAGGAAGGGCACGCGUCGAAACGUCGCGCGCGAGAUGCCGCCCUCGCCGCGGACUUGGACGAAGCGCUGUCGGGCGCGUUCGGGGACGCGGACGCCGGGGCUUCAUCGGACGCGGUCGGGGACGCGCCAGGGGUUUCCGCCGCGACCGCGAGCUCGCGAGUCGCGGCGUCGCGUCGCGAUCCACGCGAACGACCAAGUCGGCGCCGAUUUCAACGCGUGCAGACGACGCUCUCGGCGUCCGACGCGAACGAAGAUGGACGCGUGCGAGAGCUCGUGCACGGCGCGACGUCGCGCAAACGCGAUUUCAGGAUGUAUGACCUCGAGUGCACGGCGCGGGAGACGCCCGACGCGAGGUCGGGGGACUCGGGGAACGACGGCGCGAGGAGACCCAUGGGGCGAAAGUGGGCACCUCGCGAAGCGGACGCGCCGGCGCCGGGGACGGACGACGCCGGGCUCGACGCGUCGACGCUGAUGUGCGACUACAUGCCCAUGGUCAAAGAAUACUUAGAGUCGACCCAAGGCAGCGCGGCCGCGGCGGCGGCGGCCAGGCCCGCGACGGACGACGACUACGUGUACGACGUCUACGUGCAAGUCGACGACGACGACGAGACGGACGACUCCGCCACGAAAGUGUGGUCCGACGCAGAAGACGUCGUGUACGUCGGGGGAAGCGACACCGAGCUGUUCUUCGACGUCAUGGACGGUUUAGUAGACGACGGUCCGGACGAUGACGUCGACUCCGAGGAUUCGAACCGCGAGGACGCGCCGUUCGCGGAUUACCCAUCUUCGCGCACGUCUUCGGACGACGAACGCGCGUGGAGCGACGACGACGGCGGCGGAUACGGCGCACAGGGCCGGAGGAUGCGCGCGGACGACGGCUGGGGCGUAGGGGGUGGAUACGAUAGUUACGACGAGAUAGCGGGGGGUGAUGACGACGGCGAGGGGAUGAGGCAGACGGCGUACGACCCGGACGUCGAGGAUGACGACCUGUUGGACGACUGA